CUCGAACGUCGAGCGCCUCGCGUGCUCGCGACAUAUCGUUUUCUCCUUCUGUCUCUCUCUCUCUCUAUCUCUCUUUUUCUCUCUCUUAUAUAUACACAUAUAUAUUAUAUAUAUAUAUUAUAUAUAUAUAUAUGUAUAUAUAUCUCUGUCUCUCUAUCUGUUUCUCUCCCUCUCUCGCACGAUCCGUCGCGCGUUUUCACCGGGAAAUAUAAUCGUGUGCACGAUGUAAAAAGUACGAUGAUGUGCGUGACGAGCGAGGAAAAGAACAAUACAUAGAGAUACACAAGCUUUUGUUUAUAUUAUGCAACUAAGCGGCGAAUAAUAUUCUCAUGCGAGUAGGUGCAUCGGGGGUGAUAAAUCGGGGCGCAAAGGCGCCGUCGCGUCUCCGUGCUGCUCUCUCGACGUGAUGCUGCUACCAUCCUCUGUGACCGUACUACUCGUGACCGAACGAUCGUGAGUGUUGGAUUCUCUCGUGGGAGAACGUUAAUCGGUUUGAUUCUUCUUCCUCUUCGAGGAGGAAGAGGAAGAGGAAGAGGAGUAGGAGGAGGUGGUGGUGGAGGUGGAGGUAGAGGUGGAGGGUUAAAGACAAAACGAAAAAAAAGAAAUAGAAAGUAAAGCAAAAUAAAAGUGGAAGAGGUGAAAAGAAAGGAAAAAAAAAUGAGGGCUUCGUUGCUACUCCUGGGGGGCAUUAUCGUCGUUCUCUCGAUCGCGGUUGCGAGGGCACUAUCUUGUGUAUGUUCACCGCUCGAGUGUGACGUACUCACCGACGAGGAUUGCCCUGGAGGUCUCACCUGGGAUCCCUGCAGAUGUUGCAAAGUAUGCGCGCGCGUUGAAGGUGAACCAUGCGGGGGUCUUUUCGGCUUUUCCGGAAGCUGCGCGGUCGGGCUCCAGUGUGUAAUCAAAAAUCUACUGCCUCACACGCGGGAAGUGGACGAGGGCGUCUGUGCGAAGAUACCAGGAAGAUGGCGAAGGCAUUGUCCAAACGGACCAGUAAUGUCCGGUCCUGGAUGCAACUUGGUUGGCGAUGGAACCUCGGACGAAAGCGGAAACGCGGUCGCGAGCGGGAAAUGCGUUUGCGGACCGUCCGUGCCCUGGUGUCCGGGCGAACCGCGACCAUAUGUCUACAUGACGCGGCACGAGUGCAAGCUCAAUUUGGCCGCGAAAAUUGCCUACGACGACCUCCUUGACUCCAAGGAUAGAGCGAACGUCGUGGCCGACGAGAGCAAGGACGCAACUGCAGCACCGGACACACCUUCCAAUCGACUCCUGCAUGGCUCGCGAUGUCCCGAGGACAGCGUGGAAAAUGAAAAUGGCGAGUGCAAAUGCUCUCCGACGUGUCCUUCACCACCGGUCUGUUCUGAACCUGAACAACGUCUGUUACUGACAAGAAAUGCAAUUCCUGGGACACCCGGUAGAUGUUGCCCACGUUAUAAAUGUCUUCCCUCAGGACAUCAGCAAGAUGGACAUCAAGAAGGACAGGAUCAACAGCAGAGUUCGGAAAACGGUUGUCCCAGGGAUAGUGUUCCAAGUGAAGAUGAAGUAUGCAAAUGCGUACCUACCUGUCCACCUGCGUCUUGUAAACCAGGUGAACGUGCCGUUGAGGUCAGGCGAGCUGUACCUAAUACGCCUGGUUCCUGCUGUCCUCUUUACGAUUGUGUAGCUUCAGAAUCCGUAUACUGGAUCGAAACCGAAGAGGGUAGCAAUACCGGGAAUUGUUUCUUCAAGGAUGGGAUUUUCCGACGAGUUGGUGAACAUUGGAAAGAGGAACCUUGUGUAAAUUGCACAUGCCAGGAGAAUGGGCAAGUGUCCUGUCAAGCGAUCAUGUGCAAAUUUUGUGCAAACGCAAUACCACCAGAUCCAGGCGAAUGUUGCUCUCACUGUCCACAACCAACGAGUUCGACCGAUGUCGAUGUCGAUAACAAGUCGAUUUGCAAGACUCCUUUGAUCGACUGUAACCUCAAUUGCGAUCGUUAUUUGACCGACGAGGACGGCUGUCAAAUUUGCGAAUGUUACGAAUCAACAAAGAACGAAAUAGUCCACACACCAUUCGAAAAUGAUAAACAUUGUCCAGAAUUAUCAAACUGUGAACUGAACUGCGAUCUCGUAAAAGACGAGAGUGGAUGUUCGAUUUGUACCUGCCAAUCAACAUCAAAUUCAUCGUCACCAUCACUGUCACCUCAACGACAUCAACAAAAUUCGAGUGUCUCUUCGUCGAAUCGGACAUUGAGCCAUCCAAAUGUCGAGAGUUUCGAAAAUGACGACGAUAAGAAAAUCGUCUGUCCCGAAGUAAAGUGUGAUCUUCAUUGCGAACAUGGUCUCAUGAUGGACGAGAACGAUUGUACUUUAUGCGAGUGCAAACAGCUUCACGAGGACUGUCCUCUGUUCGUGGGAUGCAAGAAAAAAUGCAGAUUCGGUUACAGAACCAACAAACGUGGCUGUCCGAUAUGUCGCUGUCGUGCGAGUUGCAUCAACGACAAGAACGAACCAAUACAGGAAGGUGGAAACUGGCUACGAAACGCUUGCACGACUUGCACGUGCGAGGUAGGCGGGAGAGUAAAUUGCAAGGAGACCGUUUGUUCGGUGGCCUGUAGCGAUCCUUUACCCCCGGAACCAAACACAUGCUGCCCAGUUUGUCCGAUCACGGAAAAUGAGAUCGGUCAUCAGAAUAGCAGAGGUUGGGGAGUGGUCCCAAUUACGCUGAUCGUCGUCCUAGCAUUGCUCUGCCUUCUGCUGAUCACCCACAUCGUUCGUAGCCGUUUCCGUGGUCGACUGUCGCCAUCAGAUGCAAGCUAUUCCUAUCCACCGCAAUACUACAAGUGCGUGCCUGCUUACGACACACCGAUGCAUCGAAACGAGAAGAUCGUGCCGCUGUAAAAGACUGUUUUCGACGAUGCACACCUUCCCCGAUGUUCCUCGAUCUUAUUUCUUUCCACGUUUCUUAGAGAAAAAAAAGAACAAAUUUCACGAGGAUCUUGGAUGUGAUGCUCGUCGAAAGAAAAAAGAAAAAAAAAAAAAAAAGAAAGAAAGAAAACAAAGAGGAAGAAGAAAAACUAAUCCGGUUCGAUUUACUUUUUUCUAAGAAAUCGAUAAACCGGAGUUGAGAAAUAAAUAGGACCUUUGCGAGUAGAUUCAGUAUUAUUCUUAAGAGACGAGCGAGACGUGUUUUUGAGGGAGAUCGAAGAAAAAACAAGAUAAACAAAAAAAAAAAAAAACAAAAAUAACGAUAUAUAAAAUGGGGUGAGGACAAAAAAAAAAAGAAAGAGAAACAAAUUAUUCGACGACACCCCACGAAUUUACUACCUGCUCGAUCCCCUCGAAAUCUCGUUAAGAAAAAGAAAGAUGAAAAAGAAGAAGGACUACUAAUAUACGGUAUCGUUUAUUCUGUAAAUUAUAAAAAAAAAAAAAAGAAAAAAAGAAAAAACGACUUUAGCGUAAAACCGUCGUUAUAAGUGUGCUAACUAGCGUUAACCCUCCUAGCUCCUAACUUAUAUACAUAUACAUACUAUAUAUAUAUAUAUAUAUAUAUAUAUAUAUAAUGUGUGUGUGUGUGGAAAGAGAGUAUAGAAAGAAAGAGACGGGUCUCCAUCGUAGUAUUAGUUUCCUUGAUCUCUCUGGACCACAACGCGAUUGAUUGAUUGAUUAAUUAGUAUAAUUAAUAUUCAAAAGUCGAUUAUUGUAUGAAAUUUUUCGUUCUUUUUCAUUUUUUUUCCUUUUCUAUUCGUUAAAAAUAAUGUGAUAAAAGAGUUUUAUAUCGUGCCUUAGUUUGUAUACCUCUUAUUAAAUAAUUUAAUUUAAAAAUUUCUUACAAAAUUAUGACAAUUUUUCAUACUUUAUGCUCAAAUUUCAUUUUCAUUUCUUUUUUUUUUUUUUUUCCCCCUAUUCUCCUUCGACGAUCUUCGAGAUCAUUCAUUAUUGCUUCGAACGUUACAUUGGCGAUCGUUUUUGUGUCUUUAAAAAGAAAAAAGAAGAAUAAAGAAGAAGGAUCGAGAUUCUUAUUUGAGAGAAA